CUCAUGCUUAUUACUAUUUUCCUCGCUCCACCUCCAGACAUUUUGGCUCCUCCUCCCCUCCCUUGCUGCUGCUUGCCUACUAUAUUUAAACAGCUGUCUUACAGCAGAGAGAGGAUUCCAGGCUUGUAGUUUGGUUGGCUCUCCUGACUGUACAAUCACUUUCAUAAAAGAUCCCACCUCUCAUCAGACCUGCUGCUAAAGCAGGUAGAUUCCAGAGCAUAAAUGCUUCCGGACAGGAAGAUGUAUCCAUUAGUGACCAGACCCUCAAAUAAGAGUGGGCUCAGGACACUGCCUGUUGUGAUCAUAGGGAAUGGACCUUCAGGAAUCUGUCUCUCAUAUUUGCUGUCAGGUUACACCCCUUACUUCAAAAGACACUCUCUUCAUCCUCAUCCUAUUCUUCAGAGGAAACUGGAAGAGGCACCAGAAGUUUCUGUUUUGGACCAGGAUUUGGAGUAUCUGUCUGAAGGCUUGGAGGGACGAUCCCACAGCCCUGUGGCUCUUCUCUUUGAUACUCUGCAGCGUCCAGACACAGACUUUGGUGGGACAGCAGAGUCUGUGCUCACUUGGUGGCAUGAGCCUGACAGAGCCAUUCCCCACCUGGUCCUUGGCAGAAACCCCCCUGGAGGUGCCUGGCACUCUAUAGAGGGCUCUAUGGUGACCCUGAGCAAAGGGGAAUGGAUGGGACUUCCAGAUCUCCCUUUCAAAGAAUGGUUAAAGCAAAAGAGAAGAGGCCUCAGAAACAAUAGAGCCACAGCAGAGGACAUUGCUCAAUAUUACCAACACUAUGUGGUGAAGAAAGGACUGCAGAAGAAUUUCAAAUGUGGCACUGUUGUGACCUCUGUGAGGAAAGUGAGUGCAGAGAGCGUCUCCAGCCACACCCAGGAAGAUCUGCAGGAGGACAGUGACUCACUCAGGAACUCCAAUGAAAAAAGCACAGAGAUCUUUCAGGUGGAUGGAUUUUUCAAAACUCUGGGAAGUGAUAAAGAGCCCUUCUCCAUCUAUGCAGAGAAUGUGGUUUUGGCCACAGGAACAUAUGACAAUCCUACCUGGCUCGGGGUCAAGGGAGAAAACCUUUGCUAUGUCCAUCACCAGCUGUCUGCCCUAGAGGAAGCAGUGAAGAACAACAGUGUUGGCAUCAUGUCAGAUCCAGUCUUGAUUGUGGGUGCUGGUCUGACAGCUGCUGAUGCCAUUCUCUUUGCUCACCACUGCAAUAUUCCAGUAAUCCACGUUUUUCGCAGACGAGUCACUGAUCCAGGCCUUAUUUUUAACCAGCUCCCCAAAAUGAUGUACCCUGAAUACCACAAAGUGCAUCAGAUGAUGAAAGAACAGACAGCUGCCUGUGCUGGGCCCUAUGAGAGCUACAUCAGCCUCCCUGAACAUCACGUGCUCUCCUUUGGCAAGGACAAGAAAUGCAUCUUUCAAGACAAGAAUGGCUGUCAGAAAGCUUAUAAAAUUUCCAUGGCUCUUGUUCUAACUGGCUCAAACCCCAACCUCUCCUUUCUGCCAAAUAAUGGCAUUGACUUGGCAAUGGACAGUGACCAGCCAGUCAAUUCAAAGAGGAAUCCCAUAGAUGUUGACCCAUUCACCUAUGAAUGCACUCGGCAGAAGGGGCUCUAUGCUCUGGGGCCUCUGGCAGGAGAUAACUUUGUGCGCUUUGUUCAGGGGGGGGCUCUGGCUGCUGCCAGCUCUCUGUUAAAGAAAGCCAACAAAAAUCCCCCCUAACAGAAAACCCCAUCCCUGUACUACCUGUACCUGGAUGGGUUAGUGAUCUUUCCACGGGGCAGCAAAUCAUCUGAUUUGUAUAUCCUCAAAUCUAAAGGCCAUUCCUGGUAUUCUCCAAGGUUAUAUGGAGAGUUACUAAGUUCUUGCUGAGUUAUUUGAGAUUAAGUGACCAAAUACAGGGUGGGUUCCACACACAGCAGUAUCUUCAAUUCCUGAGAAUUCAGCUCCUUUUCUGCAAAGCUGUGCACGGUUACUGGGACUGAAGCUUGUGCCUGGAAGAGCAAGGGAAUCAAUGUUUGUUAUUUUCAGAUAGCAGGCCCACAACACUGUGUCUGUUGGUGUCUUACAGUGUUUUGUCAUGAAACAAAGUAAACUGACCUGGUUUUAUUUACUCCUCUGGUUUGGCUAUAUGUUCUUCUUAGGCCAGAAAUCGCUGCCAGGUGUUGCAGGUACCUCUGGCACAUGGAGGGGUACUCUGAAAGUAAAACUGACAUAGGAACAUUCAAAACUGUAUUGUCUCACCAACACCAGCAACAGGUAAUAUAUGAUUUUUUUAAAAAUCAAGAGAUUCCUGUGGUGGGUUCUUCUCCUUCCUGAGAAGAAAUGGUACUGAUUUUCAAAUACUUGGUUUGGCAUCCUGCUUUCUAAAUCCUAAACCUGUGAUAGCCAAGCUCUUGGCAGCUGCUGUAAAGACAAGCAGAACUAAAGUCUGUCUUGGAACUGCCCAUGUACUGUAUGGUGCUUCUGCUGCAUAGAGUAUUCUGGAAAGGUGCAAUAUGUUAUAUACUGGGUGAAUUACAAAUGUAUUAUGUUUUUUUAAAAAAUAAUAUUAUUUGUGUAAGAGGGAAAAUGGCACAGUCACUUUUUGGUAGCUUUAUGCUAUAGGUAUAGAUGUAGAUAUAGAUAGAUCUCAACUUUUUAUACUGUUUCUCUAAAAGAUUUUUAUUGGCAGAAUAUUCUGAUACGGUCUUUCAGUCUGUUCUGAAUGAGCUGGGAUGGAUGCAAUGACGCCUUAUGUUGUAAGCAGCAUUCUCAACAGACCAUCUGGGUUUUCAUAGAUUUCACAAGAAAUAUUACAGUCACAGCUAAUUUAAUUUGAUGUAAAGACAGAGUCUGCUCCCUGUGCUGCACUGAAACUCUCUGACAUCACAAGUCUCUGAAAAACUGAGUGGGAUGAGACAUCUGCAAGUGAAUUGGCCUGGAGAUGUGGGAGGGGCUUGUCUGUGAUGUUACUGUGUCACACUUGAAUCGUUUUUCUGACUGACUGUUCUUGUACGAAACUUCCCAAUAAAGUGAUUUCAGACUUA